AUGGAAUUUCGCACAGCUGACGGGCACUCGAUCCAGAAGCACGCCCAAAACAUUCCCUUUUGGACGGUCGGACUUGUUGCUCUAGUCAUUUAUGGCCUUUACACGGUGCUUCAAAUUGGUCGGAGAGACAAGCGCAUGCCUCCAGGACCACCUACGCUGCCGUUGCUAGGAAACCUCCAUCAAAUACCAAUCACUGGAAUGUACAAAAAGUUUCAAGACUGGGGUGAAGAGUUCGGCGGCAUCUAUUCGCUCAAAUUUGCCUCCUCCAAUGUGAUAGUCCUUUAUGACCGCAAGGCCGUCCAUGAGCUCGUGGAUAAAAAGGGGUUGCUUUACGCCGAAAGACCGCAUAGCUACAUUAAUGACCUGGUCACCCAUGGUGACAGUCUUGUUUUCCAAGACCAUCAUGAGCGGCAGAAGGCCAAACGAAAGAUCACCACACAUAAUUUCUCACCGAAGAUUCUGGAUGAGAGAGUCGCCCCAGUCCAAGAUGCUGAGGUGACUGUUUUGUUGAAUGAUCUUGUUCGGGAUCCGGGGAACUUCUACAAUCACAUGAAACGCCUUACCUGUUCGAUUGCUUGUAUUCUGGUCUUUGGUCAACGAGCUUUGACAUACGAGGACUUUUGGGGCCACUGCGUCUAUGAUGCCUUAGACAAGUUCGGAGAAGCCCUGGAACCGGGGGCUAAUCCCCCGGUGGAUGAGUUUCCCGUACUCAAGUACCUUCCUGAAUUCAUUUCUCCUUGGAAAACCCGAGCAAAGUAUGCUGGCAAGGUAAUGGAUGACAUUUGGAGUGAAGCGCGCAGAAGAGUCGAUGAGAGACGACAACGGGGCGACAUUCGGACCACUCUUGGCUCACUUGCCGACAAGCUUCUAGAUGAGCAUUCGGAAAAAGGGUCGCCUUUGAGCAAACAGCCCUUGGGCAAGCAAGAGUUGGACCACUUCUUCGGCUUACUUGUCGAGGGAGGAGCCGAAACAACAUCUUCCACCAUGCUAACACUCAUCCUCUGCUUGGCUAUGAAUCCUCAAGUUCAAGCCAAAGCUCAGGAAGAGCUGGACGCUGUGUGUGGCACAGAACGCAUGCCUCAAUGGUCUGACUUUAGCAAGCUCCCAUACAUAAAUUGUAUCAUCAAGGAGGGAAUGAGAUGGCGUCCAGCUGCGCCUGUGGGGAUUCCCCAUCGGGUGGCAGAGGACGAUUUCUACGAGGGAAUGUUGAUUCCGAAGAAUUCAACCAUUUUCAUUCCCACCUGGGCUCUUCAUCAUGCUGAGCGCUAUGGCUACGAUGAUCCUUACAGCUUCAAGCCUGAAAGAUACACCAACCACACCAAGCUUGCCAAUGAUUAUGCUGGUGGCGCAGACUACAACAACCGAGAUCAUUAUGGCUAUGGCAGUGGACGUCGUAUGUGCCCCGGAAUACACCUGGCAGAACGAACACAAUGGAGGAUUGCAGCCAAGUUACUUUGGGCUUUCGAGAUCCUUCCUGGGUUGGAUGCUGAGACCGGCAAGCCUGUAAAGUUGGACCCGGACCACUAUAACGAGGGUCUCCUUCACGGCCCUGCUCCGUUCAAGUGUGUGUUCAAACCGAGGAGUCAGGCACACGUCGAUGUCAUCUCGCAGGAGCUCGCUAGUGCGAGGAAAUUUCUUGCUCCAUACGAGUGAACGGAAAAUAGUAACGCCGAGACAUUCAUAAGUUCAUAACAGAGGACAAUGGACUCUAGGACAAGCUCUUCGAGCAGGUACAGUUUGC